AUGUCAAAUAAGUUUCACUGUGAUGUUUGCUCCUCGGAUUGUACCAACAGAGUGAGAAUAUCAUGUGCGGAAUGCCCCGAAUACGAUCUAUGCGUACCCUGUUUCUCGCAAGGCUCUUACAAUGGUAAUCAUCGACCAUAUCAUGAUUACAGGAUCAUAGAGACCAAGUCAUACCCGAUCCUUUGCGAGGAUUGGGGGGCGGAUGAGGAGUUAGCUCUGGUUAAGGGAAGCCAAAGCCUGGGGCUGGGCAAUUGGCAGGACGUGGCGGACCAUGUUGGUAGCAGAGACAAAGAAGAGGUGGCCGAGCACUACUUGAAGUACUACGUUUACAGUCAAUUUUAUCCGAUUCCCGAUAUAACCAAGGAUAUCAAAGUUGAUCAGGAACAGUUUUUGGAGGAGAGACGUGAAAGAAUUGAAAGAUUCAGGGAAAAGCCACUGCAACCCUCAAGGAAACCUAUGGCGUCGGUACCUAGUUGUCAUGAAGUGCAAGGAUUUAUGCCAGGAAGACUUGAGUUCGAGACUGAAUUUGAAAACGAAGCGGAGGGCCCUGUAAAGGACAUGGUUUUCGAGCCGGAUGACCAGCCAUUGGAUAUAGAACUCAAGUUUGUUAUCUUGGAUAUUUACAACUCGAGGCUGACGACAAGGGCAGAAAAGAAAAGGUUACUGUUCGAGAACAACCUAAUGGAGUACAGAAGAUUGCAAAGCAUAGAUAAAAGAAGAAGCAAAGAGGCCAAAGAGUUGUUUAAUAGGAUAAAGCCACUAGCAAUGCUUAUGACGGCUCAAGAUUUUGACGAAUUUAGUAAGGAUAUUCUGGAGGAGCUUCGUUGCCGAUCAAGGAUUCGUCAAUUACAGGAAUGGAGAAGCAAUGGAAUCACAACAUUAGAAGCUGGCUUGAAAUACGAGCGUGAUAAACAGUUGAGAAUAUCCUCUAUUGAACGUCUUGGAACCUCCGCUCAAUUGAGCGCUAACGGAAAUAGCAUCAACGGCAGACAUAGAGCCACUUCUGCACAUCGAAGCAAUGCUGAUUAUUCUCAGAAUUACAAUGAAAGUUUUGGAGGAAGGAAGAAAAUUAUGACAAUGAGUGACAUACAGCAUGGCGCCGAUUUCAAUUUGUUGUCGCCCGAUGAGCAACAAUUAUGCAUACAACUCAAGAUCCUGCCCAAGCCCUAUUUCGCAAUAAAGGAGCUCAUGUUUCGGGAACUUCUUCGAACGGGUGGUGCCUUAAAGAAAAAAAACUGUCAAGACCUACUCAACAUCGAGCCCGCGAAAGCCAGCAGGAUCUAUGAUUUUUUCGAAUCGCAAAAUUGGAUUUAA